AUGGAUCAAGCAGUCUAUGAGACAUUGCUCAACGUUGGCAAUCCUGACGGUACCAUUCGCUCGGCUGCCGAACAGCGAUUGAAGGAAUUUGCCUCUUCUUCCCCUGAGUUCCCCGUUAGUCUCGCUCGUCUCACAGUGUCUCAGGACAUUAGCAUUCCUCAACCUGUUACUCUCAAGACGUAUGUCACUACUCACUGGUCUUCUCGAAACGAGGAAACAUUCCAAGGACCUGAGCCUUUGCCCGAGUGCAAGAAUGCUGUGCGUGAAAUCAUUGUGCAAGGCCUUGCUGAUCCCGAGUCCAAGAUUCGUGUGGUGAGCGCCUAUGUUGUUUCCAAGAUCGCCCAUGAUGAUUUCCCCGAAGAUUGGCCCAACCUCUUGGAUAUUAUCUUGAGCUAUCUCAAAGCAAACAGCGCUGAUAGUGUCCAUGGUGCUAUGCGUGUGCUUCUCGAAAUGGUCAAGCGUGAUAUCAGCAUUCAACAACUUCCUCAAAUUGGACCUGUUCUUGUGCCUGAGCUUUAUCGAAUUAUGACUUCGGAUAAUUUAUAUUCUUUCCGUACACGUGGUCGUGCUGUCAGCAUCUUCGAUAGCUGCACUCAAAUGCUUCAAACCAUGCGGGAUGAUAAUCCACAAGCCGUCGAUCAGUUCAUGGCACCCAUCUUGCCCCAAUGGAUGCAAGCUUUUCAUACCAUUCUCUCUCAUCAUGUCCAAGGCGAUGCCGAGAAAGCUACAGCUGAGUAUGGUCUCAAGAUGGAAGUACUCAAGUGUAUCGGUAACCUCAGCAAGGAAUUCUCGUCCUUUAUCCUCGAAUCAUUGCCUCAAUUCCUCGAGCCUGUUUGGAACGAUUUGUGCAGCUUGAAGGAUCGCUAUGUGACCGAGAUGGUGCUUGAAUCGGAUGGUGUUGGUGAGAGUUUCCAGGAUUCGGAUGGUAGUGAAAUCGGCUUCCAGGUCUUCCUUUACUCGAUCUUUGAUUUCAUGUUGGCAACUUGCAUGAAAAAGACUGUCAGGCAUCUUUUUGUCAACAACCGUGCACCCACUCAGCUAUUCGAGCAAAUGUUGUACAUCAUCAUCGUCUAUUUGCAAAUCACCCAAGAGCAGGAAGAGAUCUGGUUGAACGACGUGAAUCAGUACAUUGCUGAUGAGGACGAUUACACUUACGCUUAUUCAGCUCGCGUCGCAUGUUGGGAUUUGCUUGCUUCUUUGCAAGAUGCUUUCCCCGAUCCAUUUGCUGCUGCACUCCAAACCGCCGUUCAACGCCAUAUCAAUGAAUCUAAUGCUGCUCGUGCUGCAGGUGAUAACAACUGGUGGAAGAUCCAAGAAGCCUCUCUUUGCGCUGUGGGCCGUUCCGCUGAUGACAUUAUUCUUGGCAUGAAGGAUGAAAAGCGCAAUGUGCAAUUUGAUAUCAAGAGCUUAUUUGACCACGUGAUCAUGGAUAGCAUGAGAGCCAACGGUUUCCCCUUCCUUCAGGGUCGUGCAUUUGUGAUCGCAUCCGAGCUUGUGGAAAUUCUUCCUCCUGAAUUGGCCAGCAAUUAUGUCCGUGUUGCAGUGGAAGCACUUCAAACCCCUGAUGGCAGUAUUCCUUUGAAGGUAUCUGCACUUCGCGCUCUCAACAACUAUUGCCGACAAUUGGAUGUUGAAUAUGCCGCUCCUUACCAAGUCAACAUUAUGGAAUGCGUGUGCCAAUUGUUACCAGAUGCCACUGAAGAAACGCUGAUGCUAUUGUUACAGUCGUUGUGUGCUGUCAUUAAGAUCAAGCCCGAAGUCACCGCUCAAUACGAACACAUCUUGACUCCAGCUGUUCUCAACACAUGGAAACGCUUCCCUACCGAUUCAAUCAUUGCCAGCUACAUCCUUGACGCUGUGGAAGGAUUCGCCAAGAAUGAACAUUAUGCACCAGCUCUUUACGGACGUUGUUUGCCCUUCCUUGACAGCGUGUUCAAGACCGUGUCUAAUCAGCCUGUGGUGAUGGCAUCUGCCGUGGAUCUCUUGACAGCCAUGAUUCGAUACGCCAAAUCACCAUUGCCCAACGAGUUCACUGAACAAAUGUUCCCUAUCGUUAUGGAGCUUGGCUGGAAUUCGACCGAUGAGGAUAUCUUGCAGAGCGUUCAAGAGUGCUUGAAGCAGUAUAUUUCCAAGGAUUGCGAUCACAUUAUUCAAUGGCACGAUGCAAGUGGAAAAUCAGGAUUGGAUUAUGUUAUUCACUUUGUGGCCAAGUUGCUUCAAUCAUCUACUCCUUCACAAUCUCUCUUUGUCGGCGACUUGAUCAUUACAUUGAUUCAAAAGGCUGGCAACAAUAUCGCUGGUGUUCUCCCUGAGUUGCUCAAUGCCGUUCUUGCUCGUUUGCAAUCCACCGAUUACCAGCCAUUUGUACAGUCUCUCGUCAUGGUGUUUGCUCAUUUGAUCAUUCAGCAACAAGAUACUGUGUAUCAAUUCUUGUGCAACACAACUGUCAAUGGCAAGGGCGGUCUCGAGAUUUUGAUGCAAAUGUGGUGCGACUACUUUGAUUCCUUCUCCGGCUACUAUUCGCUCAAAGUCAGUGCCAUUGCCUUGUCCAAGGUGUAUUUGAUUACCGAUCCUCGUUUACAAAGCUUGACCGUUCGUGGUGAUAUCAUUGCUGAUCCAAAUGGUGGCAUUGUGACACGUUCCAAGGCUAAGAACAGACCUGAACAAUAUACCGCUAUUCCUCUUCACGCCAAGAUCAUUCGAUUGUUAGUGGGCGAUCUUGCCAAUGCUAGUGCUACUGGUGCCGAAUUCUUCAAUGAAGAAGACAACGAAGGAGCCUACAUAUCUGACAGCGAGGAUGGUGGCCAGCUCAGCAAAGCCGACUUUGAAUUCCUUUCCGAGAUGCUUGCUGGUACCGAAGACGAUGAUGAAGAGAACAAUGAAGAACUCAAGAACGAUCCAAUCUACCAAACCGAUAUGCGUGCCUACUUGUUAGACUUCUUCCGCAAUUGCUCUGCUCACAAUGUCAAUAACUUUAUGGAGUUGUGCCAACACCACUUGCCAGAGGCAGAAAAGGAGAUCCUGGAAACCGAGCUUAAGAAAUAA